UACCGAGGUCUGGCUGCUUCUCUCCUCCUGGGCUGGAGGUGACAAUCCAGCACCCCAGAAUCCUUUCUUUCUCUUUUCCACUUGCAGCCAUGGGUUCCCUGAGGAGCUGGUGGUCACUCUGGGCCGGAGCAGCCCUCCUAUGGGCUGCGGUGGCCCUGGGUGAGGCAGAGUCCAAAGCUGUGUGCCGUGCCCAAGGAGACCCCCACUACACCACCUUCGAUGGCCGUCACUACAAUAUGAUGGGCACCUGCACAUACUCCAUGGUGGAGCUGUGCGGCAUGGACCCGACUCUGCCUGCCUUUGCGGUGGAAGCCAAGAACGAGCACCGGACCAGCCGCCUUGUCUCCUACGUGGGCUUGGUCACUGUGCGCGCUUACAGCCAGGUUGUGAUGCUGGCCCGCGGGGAGACUGGCUUCGCCCGGAUCAACAACCAGCACUCCCUCCUGCCGGUCUCCCUGAAUGAGAACCGCCUGCGCGUGUAUCAGAGUGGGACCCGGGCUGUGGUGGAGCUCGACUUCGGACUGGUGGUCACCUAUGAUUGGGACUCUGUGAUGACCGUGACCCUGCCUGACAAGUUCAAAGACCAGGUGUGUGGGCUGUGCGGCAACUACAAUGGCAACCCCGAUGAUGACUUCCUCACGUUUGACGGCGUGGAGGCCGCGAAUGCCGUGGAGUUGGCUAACAGCUGGAAACUGGACGACGGGGAUUAUCUGUGUGAUGAUGGUUGCCUAAACAACUGUCCUUCCUGCUCCAAAGAUGAGACUGACUUCUAUGAGGGCGAAUUCAUGUGUGGCCUGCUGACCACAACCGAAGGUCCCUUCUCCACGUGUCACGAAGCCCUGGACCCCACAUCCUUUAUGAGCGACUGUGUGUAUGACCUGUGUGCAGCCAGCGGGGAUCAGAACAGCCUGUGCCGUGCCCUGAGUGCCUAUGCCCAGGCCUGCAUGGACCUGGGCUUUACACUUGGGAACUGGAGAUCAUAUGCCAGCUGCCCCAUGUCAUGCCCAGAAAACAGCAAAUAUAAUUCCUGUGGGCCUGCCUGCCCUGAAACCUGCAACCCGGAUUUUACGCCUUCCAACUGCUCUGAGCGCCCUUGUGUGGAGAGCUGUGAGUGCCUCCCAGGCUUUGUGGCCAGUGGUGGCGCCUGCAUCCCCCAGUCAUCAUGUGGUUGUUCGUUUGAGGGCCACCUGCUGGCACCAGGCCAGGAGAUGUGGACCGACGACAGAUGCAGACAGCGCUGCACCUGCAACAGCACCACCCAAGAAGUCAGCUGCAUCAACACGCAAGGCUGCCCACCUGGCGAGAGCUGCCGUGUGGAGAAUGAGCUCUUGGGUUGCUACCCAGGCAGCUUUGCCACCUGCCAGGCCUCUGGCGACCCACACUAUGUGACCUUUGACGGCCGCCGCUAUGACUUCAUGGGUGCCUGUGUGUACCUGCUGGCGGGCUCGUGCAACCAGAAUUCAGCGCUACCUGAGUUCCGGGUGCUGGUGGAGAAUGAGCAUCGGGGCAGCCAGGCCGUGAGCUACACGCGUGCUGUGCGGGUAGAGGUGUACGGCCUGGAGUUGGUCAUUAGCAAGGACUACCCAGGACAAGUCAUGGUGGAUGGCGUGCUUCAGUACCCUCCAUUUGAUGCUGCUGAUGGGCGCGUGCAGGUGAACCUCCUCGGUAACAAUGCUGCCAUCCGCACCGACUUCAGCCUAACUGUCACCUUCAACUGGGAUGCUCUAGUGACUGUCAAGGUGCCCAGCAGUUACACAGAUGCCAUGUGUGGUCUGUGCGGGAACUUCAACGAGGACCCCAAUGACGACUUGACUCUGCGGAAUGGCAGCCAAACGACUGAUGCCACAGACUUUGGGAACAGCUGGCAGGAGGAGGAGACGGGCCCGGGCUGUGAAGCGACUGGAUCCCCGGAAUGUCCCAACCUGGACCAGAUGGUGAACGACCAGGUGGAGAAGAAGGAGAAGUGUGGAAUCCUGGCCGACCCCGACGGUCCCUUUGAGAAGUGUCACAAAAAGCUGGAUCCCCAGGCUGUUGUUCGUGAUUGUGUCUAUGACCUCUGCCUGGUACCAGACCAACCUGAUCUGUUGUGUGAUGCAUUGGCCGCGUAUGCAGCUAUGUGCCAGACUGCUGGGGUCACCCUCGACCCAUGGAGGAGUGAUACACUUUGCCCGUUCAACUGCACAGAACACAGCCACUACGAGGCAUGUGCCCAAGGCUGCCCGCUAACGUGUGGAGAAGUCCUAAGGUCCGGGGGAUGUGGCUCUGAGUGCUACGAGAGUUGCGUGUGUGAUGAUGGAUAUUUGCUCAGCGGAAACACCUGUGUGCCCAUUGCCUCAUGUGGCUGCGUACAGAAUGGUGCCUACUACCCGCCAGGCCAGACCUUCUACCCUGGCCCCAAGUGUGACUCCCUCUGCACCUGCCAGGCGGGAGGCCAGCUGUCCUGCGAGCCCUCCUCCUGUGGCCCACAGGAGAUCUGCCAGGUGUCUGAUGGUGUCUUGGGCUGCGUGCCCGUGAGUUCUGCCACCUGCCAGGCCUCUGGAGACCCACACUACGUGACCUUUGACGGCCGCCGCUACGACUUCAUGGGCGCCUGUGUGUACCUGCUGGCGGGCACGUGCGGCUCAAACAUGACGCUGCCCGAGUUCCGGGUGCUGGUGGAGAAUGAGCAUCGGGGCAGCCAGGCCGUGAGCUACACGGGCGCCGUGCGGGUGGAGGUGUACGGCGUGGAGUUGGUCAUGAGCCGGCAGAAGCCAGGACAAGUGAUGGUGGAUGGCGUGCUUCAGUACCCUCCGUUUGAGGCCGCUGGAGGGCGCGUGCAGGUGAACCGCCUGGGUAACAACGCCGUGGUCCACACCGACUUUGGCCUGACUGUCACCUUCAACUGGGAUGCUCUAGUGACUGUCAAGGUGCCCAGCAGCUACACAGAUGCCAUGUGUGGUCUGUGCGGGAACUUCAAUGGGGACCCCAACGACGACUUGACUCUGCGGAAUGGCAGCCAAGCUACCAACGCACCUGAAUUUGGGAACAGCUGGCAGGAGGAGGAGACGGGCCCGGGCUGUGAUGUCGUCACGGAUGGUGAAUGUCCCAACCUGGACCAGAUGGUGAAGGACCAGGUGGAGAAGAAGGAGAAGUGUGGAAUCCUGGCCGACCCCGACGGUCCCUUCCGGGAUUGUCACCAACAUCUGGAUCCCCAGGACGCUGUGCGUGACUGUGUCUAUGACCUCUGCCUGGUACCAGACCAACCUGAUCUGGCGUGUGACACAUUGGUGGCAUACGCUGCCGCGUGCCAGGCUGCCGGGGCCACCGUGUACCCCUGGAGGAACGAAACAUUUUGCCCAUCCAAGUGCCCAGAACACAGCCACUACGAGGUGUGUGCCCAAGGCUGCCAGCCCACCUGCGGGAACCUCACGGUGACCGGAGCCUGUGGCUCUGCGUGCUACGAGAGUUGUGUGUGCGACGAUGGUUUUGUGCUCAGCGGCAACUCGUGCGUGGCCCCAGAAUCCUGUGGCUGUGUUCACGAUGGCAUCUACCACCCGCCAGGCCAGACCUUCUACCCUGGCCCCGAGUGUGACUCCCUCUGCACCUGCCAGGCGGGAGGCCAGCUGUCCUGCGAGCCCUCCUCCUGUGGCCCACAGGAGAUCUGCCAGGUGUCUGAUGGUGUCUUGGGCUGCGUGCCCGUGAGUUCUGCCACCUGCCAGGCCUCUGGAGACCCACACUACGUGACCUUCGACGGCCGCCGCUACGACUUCAUGGGCGCCUGUGUGUACCUGCUGGCGGGCACGUGCGGCUCAAACAUGACGCUGCCCGAGUUCCGGGUGCUGGUGGAGAAUGAGCAUCGGGGCAGCCAGGCCGUGAGCUACACGGGCGCCGUGCGGGUGGAGGUGUACGGCGUGGAGUUGGUCAUGAGCCGGCAGAAGCCAGGACAAGUGAUGGUGGAUGGCGUGCUUCAGUACCCUCCGUUUGAGGCCGCUGGAGGGCGCGUGCAGGUGAACCGCCUGGGUAACAACGCCGUGGUCCACACCGACUUUGGCCUGACUGUCACCUUCAACUGGGAUGCUCUAGUGACUGUCAAGGUGCCCAGCAGCUACACAGAUGCCAUGUGUGGUCUGUGCGGGAACUUCAAUGGGGACCCCAACGACGACUUGACUCUGCGGAAUGGCAGCCAAGCUACCAACGCACCUGAAUUUGGGAACAGCUGGCAGGAGGAGGAGACGGGCCCGGGCUGUGAAGCGACUGGAUCCCCGGAAUGUCCCAACCUGGACCAGAUGGUGAAGGACCAGGUGGAGAAGAAGGAGAAGUGUGGAAUCCUGGCCGACCCCGACGGUCCCUUCCGGGAUUGUCACCAACAUCUGGAUCCCCAGGACGCUGUGCGUGACUGUGUCUAUGACCUCUGCCUGGUACCAGACCAACCUGAUCUGGCGUGUGACACAUUGGUGGCAUACGCUGCCGCGUGCCAGGCUGCCGGGGCCACCGUGUACCCCUGGAGGAACGAAACAUUUUGCCCAUCCAAGUGCCCAGAACACAGCCACUACGAGGUGUGUGCCCAAGGCUGCCAGCCCACCUGCGGGAACCUCACGGUGACCGGAGCCUGUGGCUCUGCGUGCUACGAGAGUUGUGUGUGCGACGAUGGUUUUGUGCUCAGCGGCAACUCGUGCGUGGCCCCAGAAUCCUGUGGCUGUGUUCACGAUGGCAUCUACCACCCGCCAGGCCAGACCUUCUACCCUGGCCCCGAGUGUGACUCCCUCUGCACCUGCCAGGCGGGAGGCCAGCUGUCCUGCGAGCCCUCCUCCUGUGGCCCACAGGAGAUCUGCCAGGUGUCUGAUGGUGUCUUGGGCUGCGUGCCCGUGAGUUCUGCCACCUGCCAGGCCUCUGGAGACCCACACUACGUGACCUUCGACGGCCGCCGCUACGACUUCAUGGGCGCCUGUGUGUACCUGCUGGCGGGCACGUGCGGCUCAAACAUGACGCUGCCCGAGUUCCGGGUGCUGGUGGAGAAUGAGCAUCGGGGCAGCCAGGCCGUGAGCUACACGGGCGCCGUGCGGGUGGAGGUGUACGGCGUGGAGUUGGUCAUGAGCCGGCAGAAGCCAGGACAAGUGAUGGUGGAUGGCGUGCUUCAGUACCCUCCGUUUGAGGCCGCUGGAGGGCGCGUGCAGGUGAACCGCCUGGGCAACAACGCCGUGGUCCACACCGACUUUGGCCUGACUGUCACCUUCAACUGGGAUGCUCUAGUGACUGUCAAGGUGCCCAGCAGCUACACAGAUGCCAUGUGUGGUCUGUGCGGGAACUUCAACGAGGACCCCAACGACGACUUGACUCUGCGGAAUGGCAGCCAAACGACUGAUGCCACAGACUUUGGGAACAGCUGGCAGGAGGAGGAGACGGGCCCGGGCUGUGAAGCGACUGGAUCCCCGGAAUGUCCCAACCUGGACCAGAUGGUGAACGACCAGGUGGAGAAGAAGGAGAAGUGUGGAAUCCUGGCCGACCCCGACGGUCCCUUCCGGGAGUGUCACCAACACCUGGAUCCCCAGGGCGCUGUGCACGACUGUGUCUAUGACCUCUGCCUGGUACCAGACCAACCUGAUCUGGCGUGUGACACAUUGGUGGCAUACGCUGCCGCGUGCCAGGCUGCCGGGGCCACCGUGUACCCCUGGAGGAACGAAACGUUUUGCCCAUCCAAGUGCCCAGAACACAGCCACUACGAGGUGUGUGCCCAAGGCUGCCAGCCCACCUGCGGGAACCUCACGGUGACCGGAGCCUGUGGCUCUGCGUGCUACGAGAGUUGUGUGUGCGACGAUGGUUUUGUGCUCAGCGGCAACUCGUGCGUGGCCCCAGAAUCCUGUGGCUGUGUUCACGAUGGCAUCUACCACCCGCCAGGCCAGACCUUCUACCCUGGCCCCGAGUGUGACUCCCUCUGCACCUGCCAGGCGGGAGGCCAGCUGUCCUGCGAGCCCUCCUCCUGUGGCCCACAGGAGAUCUGCCAGGUGUCUGAUGGUGUCUUGGGCUGCGUGCCCGUGAGUUCUGCCACCUGCCAGGCCUCUGGAGACCCACACUACGUGACCUUCGACGGCCGCCGCUACGACUUCAUGGGCGCCUGUGUGUACCUGCUGGCGGGCACGUGCGGCUCAAACAUGACGCUGCCCGAGUUCCGGGUGCUGGUGGAGAAUGAGCAUCGGGGCAGCCAGGCCGUGAGCUACACGGGCGCCGUGCGGGUGGAGGUGUACGGCGUGGAGUUGGUCAUGAGCCGGCAGAAGCCAGGACAAGUGAUGGUGGAUGGCGUGCUUCAGUACCCUCCGUUUGAGGCCGCUGGAGGGCGCGUGCAGGUGAACCGCCUGGGCAACAACGCCGUGGUCCACACCGACUUUGGCCUGACUGUCACCUUCAACUGGGAUGCUCUAGUGACUGUCAAGGUGCCCAGCAGCUACACAGAUGCCAUGUGUGGUCUGUGCGGGAACUUCAACGAGGACCCCAACGACGACUUGACUCUGCGGAAUGGCAGCCAAACGACUGAUGCCACAGACUUUGGGAACAGCUGGCAGGAGGAGGAGACGGGCCCGGGCUGUGAAGCGACUGGAUCCCCGGAAUGUCCCAACCUGGACCAGAUGGUGAACGACCAGGUGGAGAAGAAGGAGAAGUGUGGAAUCCUGGCCGACCCCGACGGUCCCUUCCGGGAGUGUCACCAACACCUGGAUCCCCAGGGCGCUGUGCACGACUGUGUCUAUGACCUCUGCCUGGUACCAGACCAACCUGAUCUGGCGUGUGACACAUUGGUGGCAUACGCUGCCGCGUGCCAGGCUGCCGGGGCCACCGUGUACCCCUGGAGGAACGAAACGUUUUGCCCAUCCAAGUGCCCAGAACACAGCCACUACGAGGUGUGUGCCCAAGGCUGCCAGCCCACCUGCGGGAACCUCACGGUGACCGGAGCCUGUGGCUCUGCGUGCUACGAGAGUUGUGUGUGCGACGAUGGUUUUGUGCUCAGCGGCAACUCGUGCGUGGCCCCAGAAUCCUGUGGCUGUGUUCACGAUGGCAUCUACCACCCGCCAGGCCAGACCUUCUACCCUGGCCCCGAGUGUGACUCCCUCUGCACCUGCCAGGCGGGAGGCCAGCUGUCCUGCGAGCCCUCCUCCUGUGGCCCACAGGAGAUCUGCCAGGUGUCUGAUGGUGUCUUGGGCUGCGUGCCCGUGAGUUCUGCCACCUGCCAGGCCUCUGGAGACCCACACUACGUGACCUUCGACGGCCGCCGCUACGACUUCAUGGGCGCCUGUGUGUACCUGCUGGCGGGCACGUGCGGCUCAAACAUGACGCUGCCCGAGUUCCGGGUGCUGGUGGAGAAUGAGCAUCGGGGCAGCCAGGCCGUGAGCUACACGGGCGCCGUGCGGGUGGAGGUGUACGGCGUGGAGUUGGUCAUGAGCCGGCAGAAGCCAGGACAAGUGAUGGUGGAUGGCGUGCUUCAGUACCCUCCGUUUGAGGCCGCUGGAGGGCGCGUGCAGGUGAACCGCCUGGGCAACAACGCCGUGGUCCACACCGACUUUGGCCUGACUGUCACCUUCAACUGGGAUGCUCUAGUGACUGUCAAGGUGCCCAGCAGCUACACAGAUGCCAUGUGUGGUCUGUGCGGGAACUUCAACGAGGACCCCAACGACGACUUGACUCUGCGGAAUGGCAGCCAAACGACUGAUGCCACAGACUUUGGGAACAGCUGGCAGGAGGAGGAGACGGGCCCGGGCUGUGAAGCGACUGGAUCCCCGGAAUGUCCCAACCUGGACCAGAUGGUGAACGACCAGGUGGAGAAGAAGGAGAAGUGUGGAAUCCUGGCCGACCCCGACGGUCCCUUCCGGGAGUGUCACCAACACCUGGAUCCCCAGGGCGCUGUGCACGACUGUGUCUAUGACCUCUGCCUGGUACCAGACCAACCUGAUCUGGCGUGUGACACAUUGGUGGCAUACGCUGCCGCGUGCCAGGCUGCCGGGGCCACCGUGUACCCCUGGAGGAACGAAACGUUUUGCCCAUCCAAGUGCCCAGAACACAGCCACUACGAGGUGUGUGCCCAAGGCUGCCAGCCCACCUGCGGGAACCUCACGGUGACCGGAGCCUGUGGCUCUGCGUGCUACGAGAGUUGUGUGUGCGACGAUGGUUUUGUGCUCAGCGGCAACUCGUGCGUGGCCCCAGAAUCCUGUGGCUGUGUUCACGAUGGCAUCUACCACCCGCCAGGCCAGACCUUCUACCCUGGCCCCGAGUGUGACUCCCUCUGCACCUGCCAGGCGGGAGGCCAGCUGUCCUGCGAGCCCUCCUCCUGUGGCCCACAGGAGAUCUGCCAGGUGUCUGAUGGUGUCUUGGGCUGCGUGCCCGUGAGUUCUGCCACCUGCCAGGCCUCUGGAGACCCACACUACGUGACCUUCGACGGCCGCCGCUACGACUUCAUGGGCGCCUGUGUGUACCUGCUGGCGGGCACGUGCGGCUCAAACAUGACGCUGCCCGAGUUCCGGGUGCUGGUGGAGAAUGAGCAUCGGGGCAGCCAGGCCGUGAGCUACACGGGCGCCGUGCGGGUGGAGGUGUACGGCGUGGAGUUGGUCAUGAGCCGGCAGAAGCCAGGACAAGUGAUGGUGGAUGGCGUGCUUCAGUACCCUCCGUUUGAGGCCGCUGGAGGGCGCGUGCAGGUGAACCGCCUGGGCAACAACGCCGUGGUCCACACCGACUUUGGCCUGACUGUCACCUUCAACUGGGAUGCUCUAGUGACUGUCAAGGUGCCCAGCAGCUACACAGAUGCCAUGUGUGGUCUGUGCGGGAACUUCAACGAGGACCCCAACGACGACUUGACUCUGCGGAAUGGCAGCCAAACGACUGAUGCCACAGACUUUGGGAACAGCUGGCAGGAGGAGGAGACGGGCCCGGGCUGUGAAGCGACUGGAUCCCCGGAAUGUCCCAACCUGGACCAGAUGGUGAACGACCAGGUGGAGAAGAAGGAGAAGUGUGGAAUCCUGGCCGACCCCGACGGUCCCUUCCGGGAGUGUCACCAACACCUGGAUCCCCAGGGCGCUGUGCACGACUGUGUCUAUGACCUCUGCCUGGUACCAGACCAACCUGAUCUGGCGUGUGACACAUUGGUGGCAUACGCUGCCGCGUGCCAGGCUGCCGGGGCCACCGUGUACCCCUGGAGGAACGAAACGUUUUGCCCAUCCAAGUGCCCAGAACACAGCCACUACGAGGUGUGUGCCCAAGGCUGCCAGCCCACCUGCGGGAACCUCACGGUGACCGGAGCCUGUGGCUCUGCGUGCUACGAGAGUUGUGUGUGCGACGAUGGUUUUGUGCUCAGCGGCAACUCGUGCGUGGCCCCAGAAUCCUGUGGCUGUGUUCACGAUGGCAUCUACCACCCGCCAGGCCAGACCUUCUACCCUGGCCCCGAGUGUGACUCCCUCUGCACCUGCCAGGCGGGAGGCCAGCUGUCCUGCGAGCCCUCCUCCUGUGGCCCACAGGAGAUCUGCCAGGUGUCUGAUGGUGUCUUGGGCUGCGUGCCCGUGAGUUCUGCCACCUGCCAGGCCUCUGGAGACCCACACUACGUGACCUUCGACGGCCGCCGCUACGACUUCAUGGGCGCCUGUGUGUACCUGCUGGCGGGCACGUGCGGCUCAAACAUGACGCUGCCCGAGUUCCGGGUGCUGGUGGAGAAUGAGCAUCGGGGCAGCCAGGCCGUGAGCUACACGGGCGCCGUGCGGGUGGAGGUGUACGGCGUGGAGUUGGUCAUGAGCCGGCAGAAGCCAGGACAAGUGAUGGUGGAUGGCGUGCUUCAGUACCCUCCGUUUGAGGCCGCUGGAGGGCGCGUGCAGGUGAACCGCCUGGGCAACAACGCCGUGGUCCACACCGACUUUGGCCUGACUGUCACCUUCAACUGGGAUGCUCUAGUGACUGUCAAGGUGCCCAGCAGCUACACAGAUGCCAUGUGUGGUCUGUGCGGGAACUUCAACGAGGACCCCAACGACGACUUGACUCUGCGGAAUGGCAGCCAAACGACUGAUGCCACAGACUUUGGGAACAGCUGGCAGGAGGAGGAGACGGGCCCGGGCUGUGAAGCGACUGGAUCCCCGGAAUGUCCCAACCUGGACCAGAUGGUGAACGACCAGGUGGAGAAGAAGGAGAAGUGUGGAAUCCUGGCCGACCCCGACGGUCCCUUCCGGGAGUGUCACCAACACCUGGAUCCCCAGGGCGCUGUGCACGACUGUGUCUAUGACCUCUGCCUGGUACCAGACCAACCUGAUCUGGCGUGUGACACAUUGGUGGCAUACGCUGCCGCGUGCCAGGCUGCCGGGGCCACCGUGUACCCCUGGAGGAACGAAACGUUUUGCCCAUCCAAGUGCCCAGAACACAGCCACUACGAGGUGUGUGCCCAAGGCUGCCAGCCCACCUGCGGGAACCUCACGGUGACCGGAGCCUGUGGCUCUGCGUGCUACGAGAGUUGUGUGUGCGACGAUGGUUUUGUGCUCAGCGGCAACUCGUGCGUGGCCCCAGAAUCCUGUGGCUGUGUUCACGAUGGCAUCUACCACCCGCCAGGCCAGACCUUCUACCCUGGCCCCGAGUGUGACUCCCUCUGCACCUGCCAGGCGGGAGGCCAGCUGUCCUGCGAGCCCUCCUCCUGUGGCCCACAGGAGAUCUGCCAGGUGUCUGAUGGUGUCUUGGGCUGCGUGCCCGUGAGUUCUGCCACCUGCCAGGCCUCUGGAGACCCACACUACGUGACCUUCGACGGCCGCCGCUACGACUUCAUGGGCGCCUGUGUGUACCUGCUGGCGGGCACGUGCGGCUCAAACAUGACGCUGCCCGAGUUCCGGGUGCUGGUGGAGAAUGAGCAUCGGGGCAGCCAGGCCGUGAGCUACACGGGCGCCGUGCGGGUGGAGGUGUACGGCGUGGAGUUGGUCAUGAGCCGGCAGAAGCCAGGACAAGUGAUGGUGGAUGGCGUGCUUCAGUACCCUCCGUUUGAGGCCGCUGGAGGGCGCGUGCAGGUGAACCGCCUGGGCAACAACGCCGUGGUCCACACCGACUUUGGCCUGACUGUCACCUUCAACUGGGAUGCUCUAGUGACUGUCAAGGUGCCCAGCAGCUACACAGAUGCCAUGUGUGGUCUGUGCGGGAACUUCAACGAGGACCCCAACGACGACUUGACUCUGCGGAAUGGCAGCCAAACGACUGAUGCCACAGACUUUGGGAACAGCUGGCAGGAGGAGGAGACGGGCCCGGGCUGUGAAGCGACUGGAUCCCCGGAAUGUCCCAACCUGGACCAGAUGGUGAACGACCAGGUGGAGAAGAAGGAGAAGUGUGGAAUCCUGGCCGACCCCGACGGUCCCUUCCGGGAGUGUCACCAACACCUGGAUCCCCAGGGCGCUGUGCGCGACUGUGUCUAUGACCUCUGCCUGGUACCAGACCAACCUGAUCUGGCUUGUGACACAUUGGUGGCAUACGCUGCCGCGUGCCAGGCUGCCGGGGCCACCGUGUACCCCUGGAGGAACGAAACGUUUUGCCCAUCCAAGUGCCCAGAACACAGCCACUACGAGGUGUGUGCCCAAGGCUGCCAGCCCACCUGCGGGAACCUCACGGUGACCGGAGCCUGUGGCUCUGCGUGCUACGAGAGUUGUGUGUGCGACGAUGGUUUUGUGCUCAGCGGCAACUCGUGCGUGGCCCCAGAAUCCUGUGGCUGUGUUCACGAUGGCAUCUACCACCCGCCAGGCCAGACCUUCUACCCUGGCCCCGAGUGUGACUCCCUCUGCACCUGCCAGGCGGGAGGCCAGCUGUCCUGCGAGCCCUCCUCCUGUGGCCCACAGGAGAUCUGCCAGGUGUCUGAUGGUGUCUUGGGCUGCGUGCCCGUGAGUUCUGCCACCUGCCAGGCCUCUGGAGACCCACACUACGUGACCUUCGACGGCCGCCGCUACGACUUCAUGGGCGCCUGUGUGUACCUGCUGGCGGGCACGUGCGGCUCAAACAUGACGCUGCCCGAGUUCCGGGUGCUGGUGGAGAAUGAGCAUCGGGGCAGCCAGGCCGUGAGCUACACGGGCGCCGUGCGGGUGGAGGUGUACGGCGUGGAGUUGGUCAUGAGCCGGCAGAAGCCAGGACAAGUGAUGGUGGAUGGCGUGCUUCAGUACCCUCCGUUUGAGGCCGCUGGAGGGCGCGUGCAGGUGAACCGCCUGGGCAACAACGCCGUGGUCCACACCGACUUUGGCCUGACUGUCACCUUCAACUGGGAUGCUCUAGUGACUGUCAAGGUGCCCAGCAGCUACACAGAUGCCAUGUGUGGUCUGUGCGGGAACUUCAACGAGGACCCCAACGACGACUUGACUCUGCGGAAUGGCAGCCAAACGACUGAUGCCACAGACUUUGGGAACAGCUGGCAGGAGGAGGAGACGGGCCCGGGCUGUGAAGCGACUGGAUCCCCGGAAUGUCCCAACCUGGACCAGAUGGUGAACGACCAGGUGGAGAAGAAGGAGAAGUGUGGAAUCCUGGCCGACCCCGACGGUCCCUUCCGGGAGUGUCACCAACACCUGGAUCCCCAGGGCGCUGUGCGCGACUGUGUCUAUGACCUCUGCCUGGUACCAGACCAACCUGAUCUGGCGUGUGACACAUUGGUGGCAUACGCUGCCGCGUGCCAGGCUGCCGGGGCCACCGUGUACCCCUGGAGGAACGAAACGUUUUGCCCAUCCAAGUGCCCAGAACACAGCCACUACGAGGUGUGUGCCCAAGGCUGCCAGCCCACCUGCGGGAACCUCACGGUGACCGGAGCCUGUGGCUCUGCGUGCUACGAGAGUUGUGUGUGCGACGAUGGUUUUGUGCUCAGCGGCAACUCGUGCGUGGCCCCAGAAUCCUGUGGCUGUGUUCACGAUGGCAUCUACCACCCGCCAGGCCAGACCUUCUACCCUGGCCCCGAGUGUGACUCCCUCUGCACCUGCCAGGCGGGAGGCCAGCUGUCCUGCGAGCCCUCCUCCUGUGGCCCACAGGAGAUCUGCCAGGUGUCUGAUGGUGUCUUGGGCUGCGUGCCCGUGAGUUCUGCCACCUGCCAGGCCUCUGGAGAUCCACACUACGUGACCUUCGACGGCCGCCGCUACGACUUCAUGGGCGCCUGUGUGUACCUGCUGGCGGGCACGUGCGGCUCAAACAUGACGCUGCCCGAGUUCCGGGUGCUGGUGGAGAAUGAGCAUCGGGGCAGCCAGGCCGUGAGCUACACGGGCGCCGUGCGGGUGGAGGUGUACGGCGUGGAGUUGGUCAUGAGCCGGCAGAAGCCAGGACAAGUGAUGGUGGAUGGCGUGCUUCAGUACCCUCCGUUUGAGGCCGCUGGAGGGCGCGUGCAGGUGAACCGCCUGGGCAACAACGCCGUGGUCCACACCGACUUUGGCCUGACUGUCACCUUCAACUGGGAUGCUCUAGUGACUGUCAAGGUGCCCAGCAGCUACACAGAUGCCAUGUGUGGUCUGUGCGGGAACUUCAACGAGGACCCCAACGACGACUUGACUCUGCGGAAUGGCAGCCAAACGACUGAUGCCACAGACUUUGGGAACAGCUGGCAGGAGGAGGAGACGGGCCCGGGCUGUGAAGCGACUGGAUCCCCGGAAUGUCCCAACCUGGACCAGAUGGUGAACGACCAGGUGGAGAAGAAGGAGAAGUGUGGAAUCCUGGCCGACCCCGACGGUCCCUUCCGGGAGUGUCACCAACACCUGGAUCCCCAGGGCGCUGUGCACGACUGUGUCUAUGACCUCUGCCUGGUACCAGACCAACCUGAUCUGGCGUGUGACACAUUGGUGGCAUACGCUGCCGCGUGCCAGGCUGCCGGGGCCACCGUGUACCCCUGGAGGAACGAAACGUUUUGCCCAUCCAAGUGCCCAGAACACAGCCACUACGAGGUGUGUGCCCAAGGCUGCCAGCCCACCUGCGGGAACCUCACGGUGACCGGAGCCUGUGGCUCUGCGUGCUACGAGAGUUGUGUGUGCGACGAUGGUUUUGUGCUCAGCGGCAACUCGUGCGUGGCCCCAGAAUCCUGUGGCUGUGUUCACGAUGGCAUCUACCACCCGCCAGGCCAGACCUUCUACCCUGGCCCCGAGUGUGACUCCCUCUGCACCUGCCAGGCGGGAGGCCAGCUGUCCUGCGAGCCCUCCUCCUGUGGCCCACAGGAGAUCUGCCAGGUGUCUGAUGGUGUCUUGGGCUGCGUGCCCGUGAGUUCUGCCACCUGCCAGGCCUCUGGAGACCCACACUACGUGACCUUCGACGGCCGCCGCUACGACUUCAUGGGCGCCUGUGUGUACCUGCUGGCGGGCACGUGCGGCUCAAACAUGACGCUGCCCGAGUUCCGGGUGCUGGUGGAGAAUGAGCAUCGGGGCAGCCAGGCCGUGAGCUACACGGGCGCCGUGCGGGUGGAGGUGUACGGCGUGGAGUUGGUCAUGAGCCGGCAGAAGCCAGGACAAGUGAUGGUGGAUGGCGUGCUUCAGUACCCUCCGUUUGAGGCCGCUGGAGGGCGCGUGCAGGUGAACCGCCUGGGCAACAACGCCGUGGUCCACACCGACUUUGGCCUGACUGUCACCUUCAACUGGGAUGCUCUAGUGACUGUCAAGGUGCCCAGCAGCUACACAGAUGCCAUGUGUGGUCUGUGCGGGAACUUCAACGAGGACCCCAACGACGACUUGACUCUGCGGAAUGGCAGCCAAACGACUGAUGCCACAGACUUUGGGAACAGCUGGCAGGAGGAGGAGACGGGCCCGGGCUGUGAAGCGACUGGAUCCCCGGAAUGUCCCAACCUGGACCAGAUGGUGAACGACCAGGUGGAGAAGAAGGAGAAGUGUGGAAUCCUGGCCGACCCCGACGGUCCCUUCCGGGAGUGUCACCAACACCUGGAUCCCCAGGGCGCUGUGCGCGACUGUGUCUAUGACCUCUGCCUGGUACCAGACCAACCUGAUCUGGCGUGUGACACAUUGGUGGCAUACGCUGCCGCGUGCCAGGCUGCCGGGGCCACCGUGUACCCCUGGAGGAACGAAACGUUUUGCCCAUCCAAGUGCCCAGAACACAGCCACUACGAGGUGUGUGCCCAAGGCUGCCAGCCCACCUGCGGGAACCUCACGGUGACCGGAGCCUGUGGCUCUGCGUGCUACGAGAGUUGUGUGUGCGACGAUGGUUUUGUGCUCAGCGGCAACUCGUGCGUGGCCCCAGAAUCCUGUGGCUGUGUUCACGAUGGCAUCUACCACCCGCCAGGCCAGACCUUCUACCCUGGCCCCGAGUGUGACUCCCUCUGCACCUGCCAGGCGGGAGGCCAGCUGUCCUGCGAGCCCUCCUCCUGUGGCCCACAGGAGAUCUGCCAGGUGUCUGAUGGUGUCUUGGGCUGCGUGCCCGUGAGUUCUGCCACCUGCCAGGCCUCUGGAGACCCACACUACGUGACCUUCGACGGCCGCCGCUACGACUUCAUGGGCGCCUGUGUGUACCUGCUGGCGGGCACGUGCGGCUCAAACAUGACGCUGCCCGAGUUCCGGGUGCUGGUGGAGAAUGAGCAUCGGGGCAGCCAGGCCGUGAGCUACACGGGCGCCGUGCGGGUGGAGGUGUACGGCGUGGAGUUGGUCAUGAGCCGGCAGAAGCCAGGACAAGUGAUGGUGGAUGGCGUGCUUCAGUACCCUCCGUUUGAGGCCGCUGGAGGGCGCGUGCAGGUGAACCGCCUGGGCAACAACGCCGUGGUCCACACCGACUUUGGCCUGACUGUCACCUUCAACUGGGAUGCUCUAGUGACUGUCAAGGUGCCCAGCAGCUACACAGAUGCCAUGUGUGGUCUGUGCGGGAACUUCAACGAGGACCCCAACGACGACUUGACUCUGCGGAAUGGCAGCCAAACGACUGAUGCCACAGACUUUGGGAACAGCUGGCAGGAGGAGGAGACGGGCCCGGGCUGUGAAGCGACUGGAUCCCCGGAAUGUCCCAACCUGGACCAGAUGGUGAACGACCAGGUGGAGAAGAAGGAGAAGUGUGGAAUCCUGGCCGACCCCGACGGUCCCUUCCGGGAGUGUCACCAACACCUGGAUCCCCAGGGCGCUGUGCACGACUGUGUCUAUGACCUCUGCCUGGUACCAGACCAACCUGAUCUGGCGUGUGACACAUUGGUGGCAUACGCUGCCGCGUGCCAGGCUGCCGGGGCCACCGUGUACCCCUGGAGGAACGAAACGUUUUGCCCAUCCAAGUGCCCAGAACACAGCCACUACGAGGUGUGUGCCCAAGGCUGCCAGCCCACCUGCGGGAACCUCACGGUGACCGGAGCCUGUGGCUCUGCGUGCUACGAGAGUUGUGUGUGCGACGAUGGUUUUGUGCUCAGCGGCAACUCGUGCGUGGCCCCAGAAUCCUGUGGCUGUGUUCACGAUGGCAUCUACCACCCGCCAGGCCAGACCUUCUACCCUGGCCCCGAGUGUGACUCCCUCUGCACCUGCCAGGCGGGAGGCCAGCUGUCCUGCGAGCCCUCCUCCUGUGGCCCACAGGAGAUCUGCCAGGUGUCUGAUGGUGUCUUGGGCUGCGUGCCCGUGAGUUCUGCCACCUGCCAGGCCUCUGGAGACCCACACUACGUGACCUUCGACGGCCGCCGCUACGACUUCAUGGGCGCCUGUGUGUACCUGCUGGCGGGCACGUGCGGCUCAAACAUGACGCUGCCCGAGUUCCGGGUGCUGGUGGAGAAUGAGCAUCGGGGCAGCCAGGCCGUGAGCUACACGGGCGCCGUGCGGGUGGAGGUGUACGGCGUGGAGUUGGUCAUGAGCCGGCAGAAGCCAGGACAAGUGAUGGUGGAUGGCGUGCUUCAGUACCCUCCGUUUGAGGCCGCUGGAGGGCGCGUGCAGGUGAACCGCCUGGGCAACAACGCCGUGGUCCACACCGACUUUGGCCUGACUGUCACCUUCAACUGGGAUGCUCUAGUGACUGUCAAGGUGCCCAGCAGCUACACAGAUGCCAUGUGUGGUCUGUGCGGGAACUUCAACGAGGACCCCAACGACGACUUGACUCUGCGGAAUGGCAGCCAAACGACUGAUGCCACAGACUUUGGGAACAGCUGGCAGGAGGAGGAGACGGGCCCGGGCUGUGAAGCGACUGGAUCCCCGGAAUGUCCCAACCUGGACCAGAUGGUGAACGACCAGGUGGAGAAGAAGGAGAAGUGUGGAAUCCUGGCCGACCCCGACGGUCCCUUCCGGGAGUGUCACCAACACCUGGAUCCCCAGGGCGCUGUGCACGACUGUGUCUAUGACCUCUGCCUGGUACCAGACCAACCUGAUCUGGCGUGUGACACAUUGGUGGCAUACGCUGCCGCGUGCCAGGCUGCCGGGGCCACCGUGUACCCCUGGAGGAACGAAACGUUUUGCCCAUCCAAGUGCCCAGAACACAGCCACUACGAGGUGUGUGCCCAAGGCUGCCAGCCCACCUGCGGGAACCUCACGGUGACCGGAGCCUGUGGCUCUGCGUGCUACGAGAGUUGUGUGUGCGACGAUGGUUUUGUGCUCAGCGGCAACUCGUGCGUGGCCCCAGAAUCCUGUGGCUGUGUUCACGAUGGCAUCUACCACCCGCCAGGCCAGACCUUCUACCCUGGCCCCGAGUGUGACUCCCUCUGCACCUGCCAGGCGGGAGGCCAGCUGUCCUGCGAGCCCUCCUCCUGUGGCCCACAGGAGAUCUGCCAGGUGUCUGAUGGUGUCUUGGGCUGCGUGCCCGUGAGUUCUGCCACCUGCCAGGCCUCUGGAGACCCACACUACGUGACCUUCGACGGCCGCCGCUACGACUUCAUGGGCGCCUGUGUGUACCUGCUGGCGGGCACGUGCGGCUCAAACAUGACGCUGCCCGAGUUCCGGGUGCUGGUGGAGAAUGAGCAUCGGGGCAGCCAGGCCGUGAGCUACACGGGCGCCGUGCGGGUGGAGGUGUACGGCGUGGAGUUGGUCAUGAGCCGGCAGAAGCCAGGACAAGUGAUGGUGGAUGGCGUGCUUCAGUACCCUCCGUUUGAGGCCGCUGGAGGGCGCGCGCAGGUGAACCGCCUGGGCAACAACGCCGUGGUCCACACCGACUUUGGCCUGACUGUCACCUUCAACUGGGAUGCUCUAGUGACUGUCAAGGUGCCCAGCAGCUACACAGAUGCCAUGUGUGGUCUGUGCGGGAACUUCAACGAGGACCCCAACGACGACUUGACUCUGCGGAAUGGCAGCCAAACGACUGAUGCCACAGACUUUGGGAACAGCUGGCAGGAGGAGGAGACGGGCCCGGGCUGUGAAGCGACUGGAUCCCCGGAAUGUCCCAACCUGGACCAGAUGGUGAACGACCAGGUGGAGAAGAAGGAGAAGUGUGGAAUCCUGGCCGACCCCGACGGUCCCUUCCGGGAGUGUCACCAACACCUGGAUCCCCAGGGCGCUGUGCACGACUGUGUCUAUGACCUCUGCCUGGUACCAGACCAACCUGAUCUGGCGUGUGACACAUUGGUGGCAUACGCUGCCGCGUGCCAGGCUGCCGGGGCCACCGUGUACCCCUGGAGGAACGAAACGUUUUGCCCAUCCAAGUGCCCAGAACACAGCCACUACGAGGUGUGUGCCCAAGGCUGCCAGCCCACCUGCGGGAACCUCACGGUGACCGGAGCCUGUGGCUCUGCGUGCUACGAGAGUUGUGUGUGCGACGAUGGUUUUGUGCUCAGCGGCAACUCGUGCGUGGCCCCAGAAUCCUGUGGCUGUGUUCACGAUGGCAUCUACCACCCGCCAGGCCAGACCUUCUACCCUGGCCCCGAGUGUGACUCCCUCUGCACCUGCCAGGCGGGAGGCCAGCUGUCCUGCGAGCCCUCCUCCUGUGGCCCACAGGAGAUCUGCCAGGUGUCUGAUGGUGUCUUGGGCUGCGUGCCCGUGAGUUCUGCCACCUGCCAGGCCUCUGGAGACCCACACUACGUGACCUUCGACGGCCGCCGCUACGACUUCAUGGGCGCCUGUGUGUACCUGCUGGCGGGCACGUGCGGCUCAAACAUGACGCUGCCCGAGUUCCGGGUGCUGGUGGAGAAUGAGCAUCGGGGCAGCCAGGCCGUGAGCUACACGGGCGCCGUGCGGGUGGAGGUGUACGGCGUGGAGUUGGUCAUGAGCCGGCAGAAGCCAGGACAAGUGAUGGUGGAUGGCGUGCUUCAGUACCCUCCGUUUGAGGCCGCUGGAGGGCGCGCGCAGGUGAACCGCCUGGGCAACAACGCCGUGGUCCACACCGACUUUGGCCUGACUGUCACCUUCAACUGGGAUGCUCUAGUGACUGUCAAGGUGCCCAGCAGCUACACAGAUGCCAUGUGUGGUCUGUGCGGGAACUUCAACGAGGACCCCAACGACGACUUGACUCUGCGGAAUGGCAGCCAAACGACUGAUGCCACAGACUUUGGGAACAGCUGGCAGGAGGAGGAGACGGGCCCGGGCUGUGAAGCGACUGGAUCCCCGGAAUGUCCCAACCUGGACCAGAUGGUGAACGACCAGGUGGAGAAGAAGGAGAAGUGUGGAAUCCUGGCCGACCCCGACGGUCCCUUCCGGGAGUGUCACCAACACCUGGAUCCCCAGGGCGCUGUGCACGACUGUGUCUAUGACCUCUGCCUGGUACCAGACCAACCUGAUCUGGCGUGUGACACAUUGGUGGCAUACGCUGCCGCGUGCCAGGCUGCCGGGGCCACCGUGUACCCCUGGAGGAACGAAACGUUUUGCCCAUCCAAGUGCCCAGAACACAGCCACUACGAGGUGUGUGCCCAAGGCUGCCAGCCCACCUGCGGGAACCUCACGGUGACCGGAGCCUGUGGCUCUGCGUGCUACGAGAGUUGUGUGUGCGACGAUGGUUUUGUGCUCAGCGGCAACUCGUGCGUGGCCCCAGAAUCCUGUGGCUGUGUUCACGAUGGCAUCUACCACCCGCCAGGCCAGACCUUCUACCCUGGCCCCGAGUGUGACUCCCUCUGCACCUGCCAGGCGGGAGGCCAGCUGUCCUGCGAGCCCUCCUCCUGUGGCCCACAGGAGAUCUGCCAGGUGUCUGAUGGUGUCUUGGGCUGCGUGCCCGUGAGUUCUGCCACCUGCCAGGCCUCUGGAGACCCACACUAUGUUAGCUUCGACGGCCGCUAUUUCGAUUUCAUGGGCGCUUGUGUGUACGUGCUGGCUAAGAGUUGUGGGAACCAUUCUGAUCUGGCAGAAUUCACCGUCUUGCAGGAAAAUGAGCCCUGGGGCAACGGAUAUGUCAGUGCUACCAAGGCCAUCACCGUCUUAAUCGGGAACUAUACCAUUUUCUUGGAGCAGAACCAGCCGAAGGUUUUGGUGAACGGCGUGGCCCUGACACCGCCCGUGGAGUUGGAGGAGGGCCAGAUCCGCAUUUACCAGCAUGGGUCUGACAUGGUGGUAGAGACCGACUUUGGCCUGCGCGUGGCUUAUGACCUCAUGUACUACGUGCGGGUUACUGUCCCGGGCAGCUACCAACAGCACUUGUGUGGCCUGUGCGGAGACUACAAUGGCAACCCCACAGAUGACUUCCAGAAGCCUGAUGGCUCACAGGCGACCAACCCCAAUGACUUUGGCAACUCCUGGGAGGAGGACGUGCCAGGCUCAUCCUGCCAGCCACCCCCCGACUGCAGCACCUGGGAUGGUGACAUCUGUGAGGACAACCAGUGCAGCGAGGAGCUGGAGACACAAUACAAGGGCGAAGAAUACUGCGGGUUCCUCACUAGUGCCACAGGCCCGCUGGCCUCCUGCCACGCCCUGCUGGACCCCACCGGCUUCUUGAAGGACUGUGUCUUUGACCUCUGCCAGUCUGAGGGUAGCCUAGAUAUCCUGUGCAGCAACCUCCAUGCCUACGUGAGUGCUUGCCAGGCAGCUGGCGGCCAAGUGGAUUCCUGGAGGAAUGACACUUUCUGUCCGCUGAAGUGCCCCCCCAACAGCCACUAUGAGCUGUGCGCCGACACCUGCUCCCAGAGCUGCUCGGCUCGCAAUGCCUCUCUCAACUGCCCGGAUGGCUGUGCGGAGGGCUGCCAAUGUAACCCCAACUUCUUCUACAAUGGCACAUCGUGUGUGCCCGCCCAGGAGUGUGGCUGCUACCACAAUGGCAUCAACUUCGAGCCAGAGCAGACGGUGCUGAUUGACAACUGCCAGCAAGAGUGUGUUUGCCAUGAGGGUGUCCUGACGUGCCAGGCACACAGCUGUGAGCCUGGGCAAUUGUGCCAGCCCUCGGGAGGUGUCUUGAGCUGUGUCACCAAAGACCUGUGCGAAGACGUGACAUGCCCUCCCCAAUCAACAUGCAAGGAGCAGAACGGCCAGGGCGUGUGUGUGUCCAACUCCGGAACCACAUGCUGGCUGUGGGGCGACCCACAUUACCACUCCUUCGACGGCUACAACUUUGACUUCCAAGGCACCUGCAGCUACGUGCUGGCAGAGGUCGGUGACUGCCCGGGUGUGGAUGCUGGGAACCUGACACACUUCGCUGUCGCCACCAAGAAUGAAAACCGAGGCAACCCGUCCGUGUCCUUCGUGAAGCUGGUUACUGUGACUGUCCUGGACAUGAACAUCUCCAUCCACAAGGGCGAGAUCGGCAAAGUCAGGGUGAAUGGCGUGUUGACAACGUUGCCCGCUUCAUUGGCCGAUGGGCAGAUCUCAGUGACCCAGGGUGUCUCUAAGGCAGUACUGGUGACCGACUUCGGGCUGCAGGUCACCUACGACUGGGACUGGCGUGUGGAGGUGACCCUGCCCAACAGCUACCUCGGUGCAGUGUGCGGGCUCUGUGGGAACAUGGAUGGCGAUCCCAGCAACGACCAAGUCUUCCCCAAUGGCACAGCUGCCCCCUCCAUCCCGGACUGGGGUGGCAGCUGGCAAACCCCAGACUGGGACUCACAGUGCUGGGAUGAGUGCCAGGGGUCCUGCCCAACAUGUUCCGAGGACCAGAAGAAGAAGUACCAGGGCUCUGAUUUCUGCGGACCCCUGGCCCCUGGAAUCGAGGGCCUCUUCUCCAAGUGCCACUCUUACGUGCCACCCGACAUCUACUUCGAGGGCUGCGUUCUAGACGUGUGCCUGGGCGGCGGGGAUCGGGACAUACUUUGCAAGGCACUGGCUGCCUAUGCUGCUCUUUGCCAGGCUGCUGGCGCUGAGCUCCAGGACUGGAGAAAGCAGCUCAAGUGUGAGAUCACCUGCCCUGACCACAGCCACUACGAGCUCUGUGGCUCACCCUGCCCAGCCACCUGCUCAUCCCCUGAGAACACCACGACCUCCGCCCUCUGCCAGGGUCCCUGCGUCGAGGGCUGCCAGUGCGACGCAGGCUUCGUGCUGAGUGGCGACCGCUGUGUGUCCCUGGAGGAUGGCUGCGGCUGCUGGGAAAACGGCAUCUACUAUGAGAGGGGCAGCGAGUUCUGGACCGACGCCACCUGCUCCGAGCGGUGCCGCUGUGAACCUGCCUGUGGCUCGCUGAUCUGCAUGUCCUCCAGGUGCGGGAAAGGUGAAGAGUGUGCCUUGCAGUCCUCGGGCGAGUACAGCUGCCAGCCAGAAAGCAUAGCCGAGUGCCAGGCCUGGGGUGACCCCCACUACGUCACCCUGGAUGGGCAUCAGUUCGACUUCCAGGGCGCCUGCGAGUACCUGCUCAGUGCGCCAUGCUCCAAGCUGCCGGAAGGCACCGAAAAGUUCAACGUCACUGUGGCCAAUCAGCAGCUGGGCAGCCAGGCUGUCAGCUACACACACAGCGUCACUCUGUAUAUCUAUGGCCAUAGCCUGACCCUCAGCGCCAGCUGGCCUCAGCAGCUACAGGUGGAUGGCCGGUUAGUGACACUGCCCUACCAGCUGGACUCGCGCUUGAACGCGUACUUGAGUGGCAUCGACGUGGUGGUGACCACCGCCGCCGGGAUCUCGCUGAGCUACGGGGACAGCUUCGUGCGCCUCCAUGUGCCCUCCGUGUAUGCCCACGCCCUCUGUGGCCUGUGCGGGAACUACAACCAGGACCCCUCAGAUGACCUGACCGACAAAGGGCCAGAGGACUGGCAAGUGGGCGGUGAACCAGGCUGUGGGGUGUGUGAGUCCGGGUCAUGCCCAGAGCCGUGCACGCCUGAGGAGCAGGAGGCCUUCAGAGAUGCCUGCAGUGUGAUCUCGGACCCCAAAGGCCCACUGGCCCCUUGCCACAGCUUCCUGCCGCCGGAGCAGUACUUCCAGGGCUGUUUGCUGGACGCUUGCCAGACUCAGGGCCACGAGAGUGGCCUCUGCACUGCUGUGGCCUCCUAUGUGACAGCCUGCCAGGCCGCUGGUGCGCAACUGGAGGAGUGGAGGCAGCCAGGCUUCUGUGCUCCUCAGUGCCCAGCCCACAGUCACUACGAGCUCUGUGGCGACUCCUGCUCUGUAAGCUGCCCCACCCUCUCGGCACCCGAGGGCUGCAAGUCCACAUGCCGCGAGGGCUGCUUCUGUGAUGCUGGUUACGUGCUCAGUGGUGACACCUGCGUGCCCCUGGGCCAGUGUGGCUGCCUCCACGAAGGCCAGUACUACCCGCUGGGUGCCACCUUCUACCCUGGCCCUGAGUGUGAGCGGUACUGUGAAUGCGGCCCAGACGGCCUUGUCAGCUGCCAGGAGGGUGUGGCCUGUGGGCCCUACGAGGAAUGCAAAGUGCAGAACGGCAUCCAGGCCUGCUACCCCAACGGCUCUGGCCACUGCCUGGCUGAAGGGGGCAUCCACUACGUCUCCCUGGAUGGACAUGCCUACGACCUGCACGGCUCCUGCUCCUACAUCUUGGCCCAGGUCUGCCAGCCGGAGCCUGGAGAUGAAGACUUCACCAUCAUCCUGGAGAAGGACGCAGCUGGAGAGCCGACGGGCCUGCUGGUGACUGUGGCCGACCAGGUGGUGAGCCUGGAUUUGGAGCUGCAGGUCACCAUAGAUGGCGAAGAGAUGGCCCUGCCUGCGGCCGUGGGCCAUGUGCGGGUGACUGCCGAGGGCCGCAACCUGAUCCUGCAGACCACCGGGGGGCUGCGGCUGCUCCUCAACAGCAACGCCCAUGUCCUCAUCUCCAUCCCCAGCACCUUCCACGGCCGUGUGUGCGGCCUCUGUGGCAACUUCAACGGCAACUGGACUGACGACUUUGUCCUGCCCGGAGGCACGGUCGCCCCCGAUGCUGACGCCUUCGGAGCCGAGUGGAGGGCACCUGGCUCCUCCCAGGAUUGCAGCGAGGGCUGUGGGACCCAGGACUGCCCCACGUGCUCGGCGAACGAGACGGCUGCCUAUGAGAGCAGUGAGAUCUGUGGGAAGCUGCUCGAUGCCAACGGCACCUUCGCCAGCUGCCACGAGGUGCUGAGUCCGUCUGAGUACUUCCGCCAGUGUGUCUACAGCCUGUGCUCCAGCAAGGGCGACAUGACCUUCCUCUGCCACAGCCUGGCCGCCUAUGUGGCUGACUGCCAGGCAGCCGGUGUGACCAUGAAACCCUGGAGGACAGACAGUUUCUGCCCUGCGGAGUGCCCAGCCCACAGCCACUACUCCUUGUGCACAAACACCUGCCAGGGCUCUUGCUCGGCACUCUCUGGCCUCACGGGCUGCACCAGCCUCUGCUUUGAGGGCUGUGAAUGCGAUGACCGCUACCUGCUCUCCGACGGCAUCUGUAUCCCCAUCCAGGACUGUGGCUGCACCUAUGAGGGGCGCUACAUGCCAGUGAACACCUCCUUGCUGUCCUCAGACUGCAGCGAGAGCUGCUACUGCUCAGACAACGGCCUCACGUGCUCCGCAAAUGAAUGCCAAGUCGGCUUUGUGUGCGACAUCCACGAGGGGACCCGGGUCUGCCAGGUCUCGCAGGGUCUCUGCUCCCUCACCGCGGGCUCCAAUCUCACCACCUUUGACGGAGCCCUUGGUGCCUUCAGCUCCCCAGGCGUGUAUGAUCUCUCCUCCCGCUGCCCCGGCCUGGCAUCGCACAUCCCCUGGUACCGUGUGGUUGCUGCUGUCCAGUCCUGUGAGGACAAAGCCAAGACCGUAGUCCAGAUCCAUGUCUUCUUCGAGGAUGGCAUAGUGACCGUGAUCCCCGGCAAGGGCGUGUGGGUGAACGGCCUCCCAGUGGCUCUCCCGGUUGACGUGUUAACAUCAGUGUCUGUGAGUCAGACAUCCGAUGGCUCCAUACUCGUCCAACAGAAGGCAGGGGUGAGCGUGUGGCUUGGAACCGACGGGCAGCUGACUGUGGCUGUCCGUGAUGACCAUGCUGGAGCGCUGUGUGGGGCCUGUGGAAACUUUGACAGGAACCCGGCCAAUGACCUGGGUGACUCCCAGGAGGACACAGAUAUGGAUAAAUGGCGGGCGCCAGACUUCUCGCCUUGUGAGCCCUGAUCAGUCAUCCACUGGGAAUGAAGAUCUGCGGACCUGACCCACCCUGGAAAUGGUUAAAGGAAACACCCACCACUAUGCCCUUUUGCAAAGUCACUGAAGCCCAAUGGGAAACCAGUGAAUAAAAUCUGAAGCCAAGCUGU